CAGGCAGAAUUGGCCCAGCUACUUCCCAUCUAUUCUCUGCUUGCCAAUAAUAAGACACAAAAUUGACAGGCACUGGAAUUGGAAGUUGGCAUCCAUAGCCACUACACAGGAUGGAGCUAAGGAGAUGGAGUUAAAAUGUUUGAAUUUUGCAAGUUCCACACCAGAUCCAAGAGAGCUAUAGGAGGAGUUCCAGUAUAAGCCAAAGUUGCUGAUAUGUGUUCAAGAUGAGUGGGAUGGGAGAAAAUCCCUCUGACCCUAGCAGGGCAGAGCCACGGAAACGCAAGGAAAGCAUCGAUCAGCUUGGGCCCAGUCCAAAGCGGAGCACUGAGAAGCGGAACAGAGAGCAGGAGAAUAAAUAUAUAGAGGAGCUGGCAGAGCUAAUUUUCGCAAACUUCAACGACAUUGACAACCUAAACUUUAAACCUGACAAAUGUGCAAUUUUGAAGGAAACUGUGAAGCAAAUUCGCCAGAUCAAAGAACAUGAAAAAACAGCAGCUGCAAAUGAGGAUGAAGUUCAGAAGGCUGACGUGUCCUCAACAGGCCAAAGUGUCAUAGACAAGGAUGCGCUUGGACCAAUGAUGCUUGAGGCCUUGGAUGGGUUCUUUUUUGUGGUGAACCGCGAAGGGAACGUGGUGUUUGUUUCUGAGAAUGUGACCCAAUAUCUCCGCUACAACCAGGAAGAACUGAUGAAUACAAGUGUGUACAGCAUUUUGCAUGUGGGAGAUCACAGCGAGUUCAUCAAAAACCUGCUGCCAAAGUCUAUAGUAAAUGGGGGGCCUAGGCGAAAUAGCCAUACCUUUAACUGCCGUAUGCUGGUGAAGCCAAUGAUGGAAUGCGAGGAGGAAGGUCACGAUGGUCAGGAAACGCAUCAGAAAUAUGAAACUAUGCAGUGUUUUGCUGUAUCCCAACCAAAGUCAAUUAAAGAAGAAGGUGAAGAUUUCCAGUCUUGUUUGAUUUGCGUGGCCAGAAGAGUUCCAAUGAAAGAGAGGCCAGUACCUCCUCCAUCUGAGAGCUUCACAACACGUCAGGAUUUGCAAGGCAAAAUAACUUCUCUGGACACGACCAACAUGAGGGCGCUAAUGAGACCAGGAUGGGAGGACUUGGUACGGCGGUGCAUCCAGAGAUUUCAUUCCCAGCACGAUGGAGAAAUAUCUUACAGUAAAAGACAUCACCAAGAAGUUCUCAGGCAGGGCCAUGCGACCAGUCCUUUCUACCGCUUUGCUUUGUCGGACGGCACGACUGUUCUGGCCCACACAAAGAGCAAGCUUAUGCGUUCACAGACAACUAAUGAACCGCAGCUUGUGUUAUCUCUACAUGUGCUUCAAAGAGAACAGAACAUGUGUGGAUUGAAUCAGGACUUGGCUGGGCAAGCAAUGGGAAAGACAUUAAAUCCAGUUCAGUCCAGCAGUCCAGCUCAUCAAGCAAUGUACGGAGGCAAUCCAGGUCAGGAUACGACCAUAAGUAGCAAUAUGAAUUAUGCCAUAACUGGCCCAAAGGAACAAAUGGGCAUGGCAGCUGGCAGGUUUGUUGGUUCUGGUGGAAUGAACCAUAUCUCCAGUUUGCAAGCAACCACUCCUCAGGGUAAUAACUAUGCACUUAAAAUAAAUAGCCCAUCACAGGGAAGUCCUGGCAUGGGCCAGGGGCAGCCUAAUUCUAUGCUUUCACCAAGGCACCGUGUCAGCCCAGGAGUGGCAGGAAGUCCUCGGAUUGCACCCAGUCAGUUUUCCCCUGCAGGAAGUUUGCAUUCACCUGUAAGUGUUUGCAGUAGCACAGGAAAUAGCCAUAGUUACACCAACAGCUCUCUAAAUGCACUUCAGGCUCUCAGCGAGGGUCAUGGUGUCCCUCUUGCCCCCCCAUUGUCUUCACCUGAUCUCAAAGUUGGAAAUGUUCAGCAUUCGCCUGUCAACAUGAACCCUCCUCAGCUUAGAAAGAUGGGGAGCAUAGACUCUAAAGAAUCUUUUGGUCUGUAUGGGGAACAGCCUGAAAGUGCAGCUGGACAGGGGGAGUCCGGCUGCCAUUCAAAUGAGCAGAAAGACUGCAGUGAAAACCUGUCAUCUGUUGGUGACCAAACGGAAGGACAAAGCAGAUUGCUUGAUAGCAAAGGUCAGCAAAAACUGUUGAAAUUGCUCACCACCAAAUCUGACCAGAUGGAGCCAUCGCCGCUACCUAGUAAUACUUUGGGAGACAUGAACAAAGACUCCUUGUCAAAUUUUGCAUCAAACAGUAUGUCUGCCUCAGCACAUGGAACCUCACUGAAAGAGAAGCAUAAAAUUUUGCACAGACUCCUUCAGGACAGUAGUUCUCCUGUUGACUUGGCCAAGCUUACAGCUGAGGCCACCGGGAAAGAGCUGAGCCAGGAGUCCAACAGCACAGGCCCUGGUUCAGAGGUUACUAUAAAGCAGGAACCAGUGAGCCCCAAGAAAAAAGAGCAUGCACUACUUCGCUACUUAUUGGAUAAGGAUGAUACUAAGGAUAAUGUAGCAGAUAUCACACCCAAGCUGGAGCGACCAGAUGUCAAGGUGGAGCCUACCAGCUGUCCCAAAUUAUUAUCUGUCAAAGCGGAGAAGGAGGAGCCAAGCUUUGGACACAGUGACCAGCUUAUGCCUCCUGGCUCUGAUUUGGAUAACCUGGAUGAAAUUCUGGACGACCUGCAGAACAGCCAGCUAAGCCAGCUUUUCCCAGACGCGCGGCAUGAUGGCAGCAACUCAGCUGAUAAACAAGCCAUCAUGAAUGACCUGAUGCAGCUGGCUGGUGAUAACAGCACGGGUCUCCCUGCGGGGGCCCACAAGCAGAGAAUGAUCCGGAUACAGCAGAACAAUGGUUUCAGUAGCCAACUGGCUGCACAGCUGGGGCGCUUGCCAAACCAGAGUUUACCACUGGACAUUAAUUUGCAAAGCCAAGUAAGUGCGGGAUCUUUUCCACCAAUGAGGAACAGCGCUCCUUACACUACUGUGUCUCAGUCUGUGGUGAUGAAUAACCAGGCAAUGAUGGGCAGUCAAGGCAAUGUCAGCAACAGUAGCCCAGGUAUAAUAGGUGUGAAUGGCCCGCGGCCAGCAUUAAAGCCAGGAGAUUGGGGCUCUCAGGCAUCUGCUGUGAGACCAGCAUGCCCAACCCCAAGCACUGCUAUAAACAGGCCGAUUCAGGACUUGACCCGCAGCCCAACAGCCAGCAUUCCCAUGAGGCCAGGCGGCCAGGUGUGCCCUAGGCAAGUGCUUCAGUCACCAGUAAUAAAUAUGGGGUCUUCUGAACUCGAUAUGAACAUUGGCGGACCUCAAUACACCCAACAGCAAGCACCCCCAAACCAAACCGCACCCUGGCCUGACAGUAUUUUGCCUAUUGAUCAACCCUCCUUCAACAAUCAAAACAGGCAGCCAUUUGGCAGUCCAGCAGAUGAUUUGAUUUGCCAACCGAUUGCAUCGCAGUCUCCUACAGACGAUGGGAACCUUCUGGACCAGCUGUACAUGGCCUUAAGAAACUUUGAUGGGCUAGAAGAGAUUGACAGAGCCCUUGGGAUCCCAGAGAUGGUUAGCCAGGGUCAGGCUGUCGAACAGGAAUCGUUUGUAAGCCCUGAAUCAAACUUAAUGAUGGAGCAAAAGCCGCCACUCUAUAACCAUGCAUAUGCAAAUCAGGGCCAGAUGGCUCAGAAUAGUUACACACCAAUGCAGGAUCCUGGCUUCAACCCUAUGGGCCAGCGUCCAAGCUAUGGAAUCCUGCGUAUGCAAAACAGGCCCGGGCUACGACCUACUGGAAUGGUGCAGAACCAGCCAAACCAGCUGAGACUCCAACUGCAGCACCGCCUUCAAGCGCAGAACCGGCAGCCAAUAAUGAACCCAAUAAACAAUGUCUCUAACAUGAACCUGGCUAUGAGGCCUGGAGUGCCAGGGCAGCUAAGAGAGCAGGGGCCGAUCAAUGCACAGAUGCUGGCACAGAGGCAGAGAGAGCUCUUGAGCCAACAUCUUCGCCAAAAGCAACUUCAGCAACAACAACAGCAGCAGCAACAGCAACAACAGCAAGUGCAACAGCACAGGGCCAUGAUGAUGAGAGGUCAAGGCCUGGCUAUGCCCCCUAACAUGGUGGGCUCUGGAGGCAUCCCUGCAUCAAUAAACAGCCCACGGAUCCCACAAGGCAAUACGCAGCAGUUUCCAUUUCCUCCGAACUACGGAAUGAGUCAACAGUCAGACCCAGGAUUCACUGGAGCAACAACCCCACAAAGUCCGAUCAUGUCACCUAGAAUGGGUCAUAUUCAGAGCCCCAUGAUGCAGCAGUCACAGGCCAGUCCUGCGUACCAGUCAGAGCUGAAUGGAUGGGCACAGGGGAAUCCAGCUGGAAACAGCAUGUUUUCACAACAGUCCCCUCCACAUUUUGGGCAACAAAGUGGCACCAGCAUGUACAACAGUAACAACAUGAACAUUAGUGUGUCAAUGGCAGCCAAUGGGAAUGGAAUGAACAGCAUGAAUCAGAUGACCGGGCAGAUCAACAUGACCUCAGUGACCUCUGUGCCUACAUCAGGGCUGUCUUCAAUGGGCCCAGAGCAGAAAUACUGCUGACCCAAAAGACUACAAAGUGUUUUUAUCUGCUGACCAUGUUCGCCAGCUGGAAGAGUGGUGUGGUCAGAAGAGCUUGGCCAGCUCCGUAGUGUUCUUAGAGACUGGCCCGGCAGCCAGCGAGCCCUGCUGGAGCGACUAGCAAAGCACUGUAAGCCUGAUCUGCCUCCCAAUUCUGAGCUGAAGCAGUUGUCAGAGGAACAGCGCCCUCACCUGGCAGUCCGAAGCUAGAAAACCCAACAGGCGUCCCCGUCUGUUCACUGCAUUCACCUUAGUGCAACUUAGAUACCUUCUGCGGCGUCAUUAUGGACAGGCAAAUGUAACUGAACUCUCUGAAAAUGAAUGUAUUUAAUUGUAUGUAUUUAAAGACGACUAUGCUCUUUACUGUUUCAAUUCCUCACUUGACUUCACGAGUUGUUGACACUGGCUUCUGACCUCAUGGCCCUUGAGCGGUCGGCCCAGUAAAUACUGGCGCUGUCGUCUCACUCUUGGUUUUUUUUAUUUGUUUUUUUUCUACUUCUUCUUUGAUUUGAUUGAGAAAAUACUAAUUUUUAUUUGCAGAAGGGGUGGAAGGCGAAAGCCAGUCUAAUACCCUGAUAGGCCAGAGCUAACUGUAUCAAAAGUCUUGCCUGCCAAUCGGAUUGGCCAGUUCACAGGCAAGCGUAUCCAACAUGGCGCUAAACUAGAAUGGAAUGAUGUGAGUUUGUUUCUUUGUUCUACUAGUCAGGGAUAGCAGGGCAGUGUGUAACGUGACGUAGCGUCCGUAAACCUUCAAAUGUGCGGAUCCCCCACCCCUCCUUCUGCUGCAGUCCAAAUGCUUUGCUGUGUGUUACUUAUUUCUGAAUGUGAAAUUCUGUUCUUGAGAUGCAGGUAGAGAACUGCCAGUUGUCAUUCAGUUCGAGUGCCGCGCUUCUGUUUGAGACCAGGGGCACGGCUACUGCAGGUUGGCGGCUGGCGAUGGAUGGAAUACCCAGCCUGGUGGCGCAGCGAGUGUGCAGUACGCCCCUGUGCCAUUGCCGCCGCCACACCACCUGCCUGUACAUUACUUUAUUUACUGGAAGGCAAUCCAAUUCCAACUUUUACACUUAAUUUCAGUUCUUUGCAUUUGUUUUUCCAAUAACAGGGUGGAAAUAUUUUUUAUGGUACAUACAAUAUAGCUUCUGUAUAAACAAGCAAUAAUUUAAGUUGAAAAAAAGAGUUUUAUUUGUGAUUUUGUUUUGUAAAAAUGUGGUGUCAAUUAAAAAAA